AUGAAGCAAAAGAUAAUUAUUAAGGUGUCAAUGCAUUGCAGCAAAUGCAGGACAAAGGCCAUGAAGAUAGCUUCUGUGGCAGAUGGAGUGACAUCUGUGGCUUUACAUGGACCCGAAAGAGAUAAACUGAUCAUAGUGGGAGAUGGGGUUGAUGCAGCAUGUUUGACCAGCUCCUUGAGGAAGAAGCUUUGUCAUGCAAGCUUAGAAAUAGUAGAAGAAGUGAAGGAGAAAAAACCAGAACAACCCAAACCACCCACUCCAAUUUUAUAUUGUCCACAACCACAACCCCAGCCCCAGUUUGAAUAUUUUACAGUGGUUUCUGAGCCCCCUCCAGGUCCUUGUACUAUCAUGUGAAACAAAAGACUCACUUUCCUUCUCCAAAUCUGUUUUAUGCCAAGAGGAGCCUUUUACCAAAUCGGUUUAAGACUUUUAAUGCUAUUCAUGCUUUGGUGUUUCAAUAAAACCCAUUUUUCAAAAAAACAAAAAAUGUGAAACAAAAGACUCCAAUGCCAUAUGACCAAUGAAGUUUUAGCAGUUGUAACUCCUUUGGCCUGCACCCAAACUUCU